ACGGAGGAUUUUCUCAAGUUUACCAUUUUGUCAUUCAUUGGGCAGAAAUCAACGAAAAAAAGAUGUUUACCGCAAAGUCAAUGGUUAUGUGUUAAGGACGGGAGAAUUAUCCACAGAAAUUGAGUUGUUCAAAGUUUUUAAGCUCUACUUUCUGCGUAACAGGGUGUAUUCUGUAAUAUUAUCAUAUGUCUCGCGUGAUGGCACAAUCCCAUCUUGGUACAGCUUUGAAGGAUAUUUUGCAGCGCAUUGAGAUAGCAGCAUUACAAAGGAGACCUUCUGAGUUUGGCUCUCACGUACCACAAUUGAUUGCAGUGAGUAAGACCAAACCUGUUAGUGCAGUACUGGAAGCUUACCAAUGUGGGCAAAGGCAUUUUGGUGAGAACUAUGUGCAAGAAAUUGUUGAGAAAGGCAGCAAUCCUGAGAUUCUCAAAUUGGAAGACAUUAAGUGGCAUUUUAUUGGUCAUCUUCAAAGAAACAAAUGUAAUAAUCUUACAGCUGUUCCCAACCUCUACAUGGUUCAAACUAUUGAUACAACAAAGCUUGCGACAGCAUUGAAUAAUUCCUGGGAAAAACAAAACAAAUCUGUAAAGUUGAAAGUAAUGGUGCAAGUGAACACCAGUGGUGAAGAAAAUAAGUCAGGAUGCCCUCCUGAACAGUGUGUUGAUCUGAUAAACCACAUUUUGAAUAAUUGCAAUGGCUUGGAAUUUUCUGGCAUCAUGACCAUUGGUGCUGUAGCUCGUAGCGUACAACAAGGGAACACAAAUGAAGAUUUUAAGUCACUAUUAUCUUGCCGAGAAAAGGUGUGUGAAAAUCUUGGUCUUUCUGCUGCCGAUGUCGAGCUGAGUAUGGGUAUGUCAGCUGACUUUGAACAUGCCAUUGAGAUGGGAAGCAGUUAUGUCCGAAUUGGAAGUUCUAUCUUUGGUGCGAGGUAAAAAGCCAUCAUACCAACAAAACUACAAAAACUUGUAAAAAUGUUUUACGUCCUUCGUCGACUGGUGGCAUGAUAAACAUCAAAUGAAAAUCGUACACACCGAGUCGUUUACGCAUUUUAAAGCGUUUCGUCAACGGCGCGUGCGCACAAUUUGCGGAGAAAGAGAUCAACAUCCAUAAAUGCACGAUGGGACAUUUGACCGCAUUCUCUACAGGUAGCUAAUGUAGAGGAGUGUAAUACAAAGGAAUGCUGUGAAAAUGAUGCUGAACUAUUUUCAUUUAAUAAAAGAUUACUAACUAAAAA